AUGGUUUCUGAUGAUAAAAUCCAAGUUAAUAUCUGCAAAGAAUCCAGAGUUAUAGCAGAAGCAAAUGAAGAAAUUGCUAAACUUCAGGAAAAAUUGGCAUUUUCUGAAAAAAAAAAUGAAAAACUUCAACUUAAACACGAAGCUGAUCAGAAAAUAAUUGAAGAAUUGAAUGAAAAAAUAAAAUUGAUGCAAGUGGAUCAAAAAAAUUGCCAAAAAAAAAAUUUGUCAAAAAAAAACAAAAAAAAGACUGUUGAUGAUGAAACGUUUGUCUGUAAAGAAGAAAUUCAUGAAACUGACAAAAAAGAGGAGGAAAACAAUAGAAGGUAUCCACUUAGAAAAAGGAUACCUACAAUUGUUUAUUAUCCUCCUCAAUAA